AUGGCGUCAAUGUCUCUCUCGUUUUCUUCUUCGCUAUGUUCUUCUCGAAUUCCUCAAGGAAAGCGUAUAUUUCGUCAGAGAGAUGCGACCAUCGUACGAUGCGUUUUGGCUGCUUCGAAAUCUUCUUCUCCGACGAAGAAGAGGAUUUGGAAGGAAGGCGAGUUUCCUGGAAUCACGGAGCCGGUUAAUCCGAGACGUACUCCGAUGAAGAAUGUGAAGAAGAAACUUGACCGGAGAAGCAAAGCUAAUGGUUGGGCUAACACUGUCACUGAAACCUUGUCCGAUCUCAUCGCUAAAAAGCAGUGGUUACAAGCUCUCGAGGUUUUUGGUAUGUUGAGAGAACAACCAUUUUACCAACCAAAGGAAGGAACUUACAUGAAGCUGCUUGUUCUUCUGGGGAAAUCUGGACAACCCAAUCGUGCACAAAAGCUGUUCGACGAAAUGCUUGAAGAAGGACUUGAACCCACUGCUGAGCUCUACACUGCUCUUCUCGCUGGUUACUGUCGCAACAAUCUCAUCGACGAGGCUUUUUCAAUUCUUGACCGAAUGAAAAGCUUGCCUCGAUGCCAACCUGAUGUUUUCACUUACAGCACUCUGCUCAAGGCAUGUGUGGACGCUUCUCUGUUUGACUUGGUGGACUCGUUAUACAAAGAAAUGGACGAGCGUUUGAUAACUCCAAACACAGUGACCCAGAACAUAGUUUUAAGUGGGUUCGGUAGGGUCGGAAGGUUUGAUCAGAUGGAGAAAGUUUUGUCUGAUAUGCUGGUGAGUACUUCUUGUAAACCCGAUGUGUGGACUAUGAAUAUCAUCCUUAGUGUGUUUGGAAACAUGGGUAAGAUAGACAUGAUGGAAAGCUGGUACGAAAAGUUCAGGAACUUUGGGAUUGAGCCAGAGACUCGAAGUUUCAAUAUCUUGAUCGGUGCUUACGGGAAGAAGAGAAUGUAUGAUAAGAUGUCUUCGGUGAUGGAAUACAUGCGAAAGCUAGAGUUUCCAUGGACAACAUCGACUUACAACAAUAUCAUCGAGGCAUUUGCGGAUGUCGGUGAUGCAAAGAACAUGGAGUAUACAUUUGAUCAGAUGCGUAGCGAAGGUAUGAAAGCAGACACAAAGACCUUUUGCUGUCUCAUUAACGGAUACGCCAAUGCUGGUCUUUUCCACAAGGUGAUUAGUAGUGUUCAACUGGCAGCUAAGUUUGAGAUACCCGAGAAUACUGCCUUUUACAACGCGGUUAUAUCAGCGUGUGCCAAAGCCGAUGAUCUGAUAGAGAUGGAAAGAGUGUACACAAGAAUGAAGGAGAGACAAUGCGUUUGCGAUUCAAGAACGUUUGAAAUCAUGGUCGAGGCGUAUGAAAAAGAAGGUAUGAAUGAUAAAAUCUAUUACUUGGAACAAGAGAAGCAAAAGCUAAUGGAUCGCGCUUCAGCUACGAAAGAGGAGGAGAAUCUCCCGGGAUGA